CACGCCUACCACCACCCCCUCCCCUUUGUCAUGUGACCGGCGCCCGCGCGCGGCGGGACGCGCGUCUUGGGGGGCGCCGGACACGCCCCUUCUUAAAGGGGCCGCGGCCGGAGGGGCCUUUUUGGGGGGGGGGGGGGUCCCCAAAGCGACCCCCCCCGGGUCCCGCAGCCCCGCCAUGUUGUCCCAGCUCUUCAUCCUCUCGUCCAAGGGCGACCGGCUCAUCCAUAAGGACUUUCGCGGUGACACCGGCGGCGGCACCGACCUGGCCGAGACGUUUUACCGGCGGAUCACGGCGCUGCCGGGGGACCAGGCGCCCGUGUUCAUGGCCCACGGGGGGUGUCACUUCGCCCACGUUCGGCACUCGGGGCUGCACUUCGUGGGCACGGCCAGCCCGGACGCCUCGCCCUUCACGCUCGUGGAGUUCCUGAACCGGCUGGUGACGCUGCUGCGCGAUUUCUGCGGGACCCUGAGCGAGCGCAGCCUGAGCCAGAACUUCACCCUCGUGUACGAGCUGCUGGACGAGCUGCUGGAGCACGGGUACGUGCAGACGACGUCCCCCGAGGUUCUGCGCAGCGUCCUGCACAGCGAGCCCGAGGCCACCAAGCCCUUCAGCCUCCUGGACCUGCGCUCCGUGGGGCUGUUUGGAGCCGAGACCCAGCAGAGCCGCGUGGCCCCCGGAUCCGCCGCCACGCGCCCCGUGCUGCCCCCCCGCGGCGAGCAGGGCAGCAGGAACGAGGUGUUCGUGGACGUGGUGGAGCGGCUGACGGUCGUCAUCGCCGCCAACGGCACCCCCCUCAAGGUCGAUGUGCAGGGGGAGAUUCGCCUCAAGUGUUUCCUGCCCACCUGCCCAGAGAUGCGCAUCGGGCUCUCC